AACGUAUUACUACAAAAGUCGUAAGAGAAGAUUAUGUCGGUAACUGAGAAUCCCAAAUUGUCAAAACUGAAACCCCAAAUUGCUCCAAUUUCCAUCUGAUCAACAAUCAUGAACAUGGAUAAGCUAAAAAUGGCUUCUUCAUCACUGGGCGAACGAUUGAAGACAGGAGGAGCACAAAUGAGCAGGAUGGUAAGUGCAAAAAUGAAAGAAAUUCUGCAAGGUCCAACUCCAGAAUCAAAAAUGGUAGAUGAAGCUACGCUAGAGACUAUGGAGGAACCUAAUUGGAGCUUGAACCUACGAAUUUGUGGGAUGAUCAACAGCGAGGAGUUCAACGGUACGGAAAUCGUAAAGGCGAUUAAGAAGAAGUUAGUUUUGUCCAAGAGUCCAGUGACACAGAGGCUGACUUUGGAUUUGCUGGAGACUUGUACAUCUAAUUGUGAGAAAGUGUUUUCAGAAGUGGCGUCUGAGAAGGUGUUGGAUGAUAUGGUUAAAAUGAUUGAUGACCCUAAAACUGACAGUGGGAAUCGGAUUAAGGCUAUGGAGCUUAUUACUGCUUGGGGAGAAUCCGAGGACCUUAGCUACUUGCCUGUCUUUCGUCAAACUUACAUGAACUUGAAGAGGCAAUAUCCCCUGGAGUCUCAUAUGAACGAGCAGCUACUCUCACCACCUGAAAGCUACCCUAUUCCUGAUACGGGGAUGCGGAAUCAUGAGCAAACUACUUAUAUUGGUGAAUCCAUUGAAGAGAAGAAGGAACUUCUUGUAGUGACACGGAACAGUCUUGAGAUCCUUUCCAGCAUAAUGAAUUCUGAUGUUGAACCAAAGCCCAUCAAGGAUGAUCUGGCUGUGAGCAUGUUGGAGAACUGCAAGCAGUCUUUGGCAGUUAUACAAAGAAUUGUGGAAUCAACUUCAGGUGAUGAGGGGUUGAUGUUUGAAGCUUUAAAUCUUCACGAUGAGCUUCGACAAGUCAUUUCUAGGUAUGAGGAGAUGGAAGCAGCUCUAGAUUCAGGAGAAGAACUGCCUAAAACACCUGAAAAUGGAAGUGGCCUGCCCAACACAGCUCCAGAGUCGGGAGAAAGACUGCCUAAAACACGCGAAAAUGAAAGUGGCCAGCCUAAUCUUGCUGAUACCAGCGAAGCCAAUUUAGAGAAGCUGUCUUUAAAUGCAAGUGAAAGUCAUGCUGUAGCACCUACAAAAGGAGAUAGCAAUCAGUCACUCCACGAGGUUGUAAAGCCGGGUAUUUCAGGAGAGGAGAAGGCUUGAUUAGAAUAGGCAAACAAGGUGGUUGUAGUGUUUCUUGUUCCUCCCUUCUAGUUUACAAGUUAAUGUUGUUCUGCAGUUUGUUUUUAGUAACGAGUACAUCUGUUUUGUGUAUAUGUAUUACUAGACAUAACUUGCAAACAUCAGCUUGUAAUAACUACUAGAUCAUGGGAUUUCAAAUUAUAA